CAGACACUAGAAUGGUAGGAAUUAUUUUUUAGUAACGCAGGAAAUUCAGUGGGGGAAUUGUGGAAAUAAUUUGAUUAGAGGUGCCUGAACUUCUACCAUCACUUCAUUGUAUUCGCAUUCAAUUUCCCUGCAUGUAUUUCUAGAACAGAAGAAGCUACAAUGCUAAUUAAAGUCAAGACACUCACUGGCAAAGAAAUCGAGAUCGACAUCGAGCCUACAGACAAGGUGGAGAGAAUAAAAGAGAGAGUGGAGGAAAAAGAGGGAAUCCCACCCCAGCAACAGAGACUCAUCUACAGUGGAAAACAGAUGAAUGAUGAGAAAACGGCAGCUGAUUACAAGAUCCAGGGUGGCUCCGUGCUACAUCUGGUUCUUGCACUAAGAGGUGGGCGGGUCCACCAGCAUCCCAGCAGCCUCCUCACAUCUAUGUAACCGGCAGUCCUGCCUUGGCCACCUUUGAGAUCCAAUAUAUUCACACAUGUCGUCAGAAACUAUUUGAACCAUCUGGACUGAUGAGUGGUAGCCACUGCAUUCUUUGUUGGAAUAUUCAUCAGCUUUUUGAUGAAUAUUCAUCAAAAUAUUGUUUGAUGAAUAUUCAUCUCAUUUGUUAAGAGCAUGAUUGUGCUCUUUUUGUUAAGUUUACAAGACGUGUUAAAAAUCAAGGUAAAACUGAUGUAUCGGUUUGUCAAUAAAAAUUGAUGCAACCAUUUAAGCAUGUAAUA